ACCAUUUCCCAUUUCCUCACCUUGCUACCAAACUACCUUUACACACUAACCAACGCAACAAAAAACCUCCCUCUCGAAUUUCCGCCGUUCCCUCGCCGGGAUUUCAUAACAAUGUCCAAAGAAGUGACGGAAGAGGGACAGUCCGGCCUCAGAAAGGACUACGUCGACCCACCCCCGGCUCCACUCAUCGACGUCGCCGAACUCACCCUCUGGUCCUUCUACAGAGCCCUUAUCGCUGAGUUCAUCGCCACUCUCCUCUUUCUCUACGUCACAAUCGCCACCGUCAUCGGCAACAACAAACAGACCAAAAUGUGUGAUGGCGUUGGAAUCCUCGGAAUCGCCUGGGCCUUCGGUGGCAUGAUCUUCGUCCUCGUCUACUGCACCGCCGGAAUCUCCGGUGGUCAUAUUAAUCCAGCGGUGACAUUCGGGUUGUUCCUUGCGAGGAAAGUGUCGCUGAUCAGAGCGUUUGGGUACAUGGUGGCGCAGUGCGCCGGAGCCAUUGUUGGCGUUGGGUUAGUCAAGGCUUUCAUGAAGCAUGAUUAUAACAACAACGGCGGCGGAGCCAACGCCGUUAAUUCUGGUUACAGUAGAGGAACAGCUCUUGGUGCUGAGAUUAUUGGAACUUUCGUUCUUGUUUACACUGUCUUCUCCGCUACUGAUCCCAAGAGGAGCGCGCGUGAUUCUCACAUUCCUGUUUUAGCUCCAUUGCCAAUUGGGUUCGCCGUGUUCAUGGUUCAUUUAGCAACCAUUCCCAUUACAGGAACCGGAAUCAACCCGGCCAGAAGCUUCGGCGCCGCCGUCAUCUACAACCGUGAAAAACCCUGGAAUGACCACUGGAUCUUCUGGGUGGGUCCGUUCGUCGGAGCAUUAGCGGCGGCAGCGUACCACCAGUACAUUCUCCGGGCAGCCGCCAUUAAAGCUUUGGGAUCAUUCCGCAGCAACCCCACAAACUGAGAAGGAAGAAGAUGAUGGUAGAAGUGGAGCAUGUUUUUAGAAUUAUUCAUUAUUAAUUUGUGUGGUUAUGUGUGAUGAUGAAUGAGAUUAUGAGGAGGAUGAAGGGAAGGGAUUGUCUUUGAAUGUUUUAAUUUUAUUUAAUUUUUAUAAUCUUUUGUUUGUUUAGUUUAUUUUUGGCUGUGUAAUAUUAUGAUUAUCUCUUUCCUUUUGUUCAUUAUAAGACAAUUUGGCCUUCAAUUUUCUUA